CUUACUAGAGAUAUUACUAGUAAAUAUGUAAUAUAUCUCAACAUUUUCUAAUUCGACUGUUAUGCGUCAGGCUCGCUGAGGGCAGCGGUGUAGUUUGAGUGAGUGAGAGUGUUUGUGGAGGUGGAGGAGAUGUGCUCGCUGGAGAAGGUGCUGGGCGACGCGCGGACGCUGCUGGAGCGGCUGAAGGAGCACGACACGGCCGCGGAGACUCUCAUCGAGGAGUCGAGCGUCCUCAACCACAAGAUACACAGCAUGAAGGAGGUCGAAAACACUCUUCCUGACAAGUACAUGGAGGAAAGCACAGAGUAUCAGGAGCUGUCCAGAUACAAACCUCACAUCCUGCUGACCCAGGAGAACACCCAAAUCAAAGACCUCCAGCAGGAGAACAGAGAGCUCUGCCUCUCUCUGGAGGAGCACCAGUACGCUUUAGAGCUGAUCAUGGGCCGAUACCGAAAACAGAUGCUUCAGCUGAUGAUGGAAAAGAAAGAGCUGGAUGCCAAACCUGUGCUUAGCCUUCACCAGGAUCAAGCUAAGGAGGUUCAAAGCCAGUUGGAGCGGAUCUGUGAAAUGGGUCAAGUAAUGCGUCGAGCUGUGCAGGUGGACGACCAGCGCUACUGCUCUGUAAAAGAGCAAUUGGCACAGCUUGAAAUUGAAAACAAGGAGCUCAGGGGUCUGCUGUCCAUCAGCAACAGCUCCGUGAGGCCGCAGAGAGAGGAGACAAACCCUGCAGAGACGGCAGCCCAGAGCCCGAAGAAACAACAGCCCUAAUAGAGGAAAUCUUACUUUAGAUGGCAGUUUGUAUAUUUGUAUGUCGGUGACCUGGCGUCAUAAUAUCUGUAUUGGGUUCUCUAGUGUUGAAUUGAACUGUCCUGGCGGGGGUUUAACUUCCUGCUGCCUGAUGAUGCACUUUCUGAUGUUUAUUAUUAAUGAUGGUAGUGUUUUUGUUCAGGAAAGACGUAUAACCUCUUCAGUUUUUUAAUAAUAGAUGCUUAAUAACUUUAAGUAAAUUUGCAUUAUAGAUCAGUUCUGGCUCUAUUUCUGUUUGCAUUUUCCAAAAAAAAAAAAA